CCAGGAGCAAUUUUAUCUUUAUUUAAUCAUAUCUGUCGCUGCCGGCAUGCUGCUUUGCCUGACACUUGUAAUUGGCCGUUUGACCCUGCAGCGAAGGCGUUCGUGCCGCAAAAGUAGUCUUUCUAGCAGCACCAACAAUGAAAAGAAUCUCAGUGAUAAAAUGGGCAACAGCGGCGGCGGAGGAGGCGGUGGUGGCGAUAACGCAAAAUACCAGCACGAAACCACACGUGAGACGCAACUGAAUAGCUCUUUCGGCGACGAUAUCUCCGACAUAGAUGCCGACAUUGAUUUAACCAGCCCGAUGCCAGCACCCAACAUCUCCAAUAGAAAUGAGUCGUACAUGACAUAUGCUCCCAUCCCGAAUUGUGCAUACGCCUCUUUGGGUGACCACUCAUCGACAAAUUAUGGAACGGCUACCACAAUGCUGAUGCCUUCGACAUCUCAGCACAAUAGCUUAAUGAUGCCCGGGGGACAUGGCGGCAGCAGUGGCAUUGGCAAGUCAUCGGGUUGUCCAACAGUGCUAGGCAGCAGACAAACAACGCCUCCACCACCGUCUUCAGCAGCACUAUACACCAGCAUGGGUGUGUGUUCGCCAUCCGUAAGUGGGACUAUGGCAAUGGGUGCCCACGUAUUACAACCACCAAUUCUGAGCAAUACUACAAAUCAAAAUAUGACUGGACCAUCAUAUUUAAGUGGUACUAUCAUGGUACCAGGACACCAUCACUCACACACCGGAACCUUGCGCAGAGGCAUGAUACCAACUAGUAUGGGCAUGAUGGGAGCGCCAUCACCACCACUUGUUGGAAACAAUCAAAUGCCACCAUCCAUAGUGGGUGUACCGACCUCCUCCAGUGUUUAUUAUGAUACCACUAUUCCACGACAUUUAAGUCGAGGAAUGUCAGCCGAUAACAAUACCCAGUACUUUUAUGGAUGACAUUCAUUGAAUCGCAAAGCAUCUCUACCCAUUGCAAUUGCCGUUCGCCCAUCGCAAAUGAACAUAAAUAUGAUGCCCCUAACAGCCA